GGAAAUGAUGAUCUGGAACCCGCUUGGGCUCAUGCCUUCUUUCGCCGGACCCGGAUGCUUGAUUCGGAUUUCCAAGGCGAUGUACUCGCUGUCAUCAGUCUGAUAUCCAAUGCACUGCACACGGGUUCUCCUCUGCCUCAAAUCACCCCAUGUCAUUACUCGACAGGUUCAUGCUCAGGCAUCAUGGUUUGAACGUAGUGCAUGAAGAAUCAGAAGACGAUUAUGGCUUGCCACGCACGUUUACCAUGGAAACGUUGGAGAAUCUGCAGUACCUAACAUUUUAUGUUGGCGUUUCCACUGCCUUUGGAAUCAUUAUUCGAUUCGAUCGUUUCAUGAUUGCUGCUAAAGAGCUGGUCGGCGAGCAGUAUCAUAUUAAUAUUGAUGAUAUGGGCUUCUCUUCAUCUUCCUCGGCCUCUUCUCCAGGAGCUUUCCUUGCUGUCUCUGGGAUAUCCUCGUCAGCAACCUUGCCUUCGUCCCACGCUUUGCGAAGCCGUUCUUUGUCUUUGUCUUUGAGGUCGUCGAAACCAUCGAGUUCAUCGGCGGAUUCAAAUUGAGAUGUUGGAUAGGAUCUUGGUAGUCGUGCAACCCCAAUGGCGCCAUGAACUGCCAAACGAGUGUUAAAAGGCUAUCUUUGAGUAUGACAUGUCACUCACUAGCUAGUGUUCCCCCUUGAAAUCGACGACAGACCCAACACGAAGCUCUCCUUUGGCGAUUGGACUACCUGUAGUUAAUGUUAGGUGAUGAAAGAGAUUAUUGCAAUUAACUGAGCGCACCAGCGCAGGGCUUUAGGACCUGCCGAUG